CCUCCAUCUUGUGGCGCGGCAAGGCAGAGGAGAAGAGCAUCGGAGAUGGCAGACUAUAGCAGCGUGGCUCCGCCGUCUUCUAACGCUGGUGGGGGCAUGAACGAUGCUUUUAAAGACGCUCUACAGCGAGCAAGACAGAUCGCAGCCAAGAUCGGUGGAGAUGGCGUUGCGGCUCCCCCGACGAACGAGUUUGGCUACGGAGGCCAGAAAAGGCCCCUGGAGGACGCUGGUGGGUAUUUUCCCAUGCCUAACCUGAAUAUCGAUCAACCAGAAACAAAGAAAGUAGCUACAAAUGACGCUUUUUCAGCCAUGGCAGGAAUGGGUGGCCCACCAAGGUCAUCGUCUGAGGAAUUUAAGGUUCCAGAUGGAAUGGUUGGAUUCAUUAUUGGAAGAGGCGGCGAGCAGAUAUCCCGGAUUCAGCAGGAGUCUGGGUGUAAAAUACAGAUUGCUCCUGACAGUGGGGGCAUGCCUGAGAGGUCGGUGACAUUAACAGGGGGACCGGAAUCAAUCCAGGCUGCAAAGAGACUUUUGACUGAGAUCGUUGAAAAGGGACGUCCAGCUCCAGCUUUCCACCACAACGACGGUCCAGGAAUGUCUGUUCAAGAAAUCAUGGUGCCUGCUUCCAAAGCCGGCCUCGUCAUUGGGAAGGGUGGAGAGACCAUCAAAAGCCUUCAGGAACGAGCUGGCGUGAAGAUGGUCAUGAUCCAAGAUGGACCCCAGAACACAGGCGCAGACAAGCCACUCCGCAUUUCUGGAGACCCCUUUAAAGUCCAGCAAGCCAAAGAGAUGGUGAUGGAGCUGAUCAGGGAACAGGGGUUCAGGGAGCAGAGGGGCGAGUACGGUUCCAGGGCCGGAGGAGGAGACAGCUUAGAUGUUCCAGUGCCACGCUUUGCAGUUGGAAUUGUCAUUGGCAGAAACGGAGAGAUGAUCAAGAAAAUCCAGAACGACACAGGCGUCAGAAUUCAGUUCAAACCAGAUGACGGCACCACACCUGAAAGGAUAGCACAGAUCAUGGGUCCUCCAGAUCAGGCCCAACAUGCGGCAGAGAUCAUUUCGGAUCUGCUGAGAAGCGUACAGGCUGGAGGUCCCCCAGGACAUGGGGGUGGCAGAGGACGCGGUCGUGGGCAGGGCAAUUGGAAUAUGGGGCCCCCUGGUGGUCUGCAGGAGUUCUCUUUCACAGUCCCAACCAUGAAGACUGGCCUCAUUAUUGGAAAAGGAGGCGAGACAAUCAAGGGGAUCAGCCAGCAGUCAGGGGCCAGGAUUGAGCUGCAGAGGAAUCCCCCACCAAAUGCCGACCCCAACUUAAAGAUGUUCACAGUCAGAGGGAACCCUCAACAGAUCGACUACGCCAGGCAGCUGGUGGAGGAGAAAAUUGGGGGUCCAGUUACUCCAUUGGGGGGUCCACAUGGUCCUCCAGGUCCACAUGGGGGACCAGGUCCACACGGUCCCCCUGGACCACCAGGACCCCCUGGCGCUCCAAUGGGACCGUACAAUCCUGGACCUUACAACCAAGGGCCCCCAGGACCACAUGGCCCCCCUGCUCCUUAUCAGCCUCAAGGAUGGGGUAACGGUUAUCCCCACUGGCAGCAGGGACAGCCUGAUCCAAAUAAAGCAGCAGCCGAUGCCAAUGCAGCAGCAUGGGCGGCUUACUAUGCUCAAUACGGCCAGCAGCCACAGGCCUCCAUGACUCCAUCCAGUGGAGCUCCAGGCACAGCUCAACCCAACGGUCAAGGUGACCCACAGGCUGCAGGUCAGAGUGGACAGACAGAUUACACCAAGGCCUGGGAGGAAUAUUACAAGAAAAUGGGUCAACAGAGUCAACCACCUCAGGACUACACGAAAGCCUGGGAGGAGUAUUACAAGAAGCAAGGUCAAGCUGCUCCUCAGGCAGCACCAGCAGCCGCACCAGCGGCGGCUCAGCCUGGUGGCCAGCCAGACUACAGCGCCGCCUGGGCGGAGUACUACCGCCAGCAGGCUGCCUACUACGGCACAGGCAACCCUCAGGCGAUGGGUGCGGCACCACAAGCCCCUCAGGGCCAGUAAUGUGAAGUGGACAUAAAGUAAAUGCUACAUUGUCGAAACAAAAUCCUUUGUUAAAUGUUUGGAUGCUGACGCCUUGAUGAAGAUCUUAAAUUUCCUUGGUUUGAAAGUGUUUCACAUAGAUGGCAGAUUACCCGGCGAACACGUCCUCUUGAUUUUUUUUUUUGUUUUGUUUUUUUCUCCUUUUUUUUUUUUCUUUCUUGUAAAUGCUAUGUUUUUAGUAAAGGUAAUUAUACAUAUGGUCAUUCCAGCCCUGUAUCUACAUUAAAUGUGGUUAGAACUCAUGUUUAUUAAACUGUAGACAUUACCAUGUAAAUCAUCUCAGUUUUAAAAAUGCUAUUGCCUGUUGUGUUUUUGCAAUAAAACAAACUGAAACCUCCUGUGUUGGUAAGUUGGGGUGGUCCACAAACAAAAAAACGGUUUAGAUGAAAUUCUUGAUUUAUUGUUGUAUGCUUUACCCGUUUGAGGAGCUUUAAACAUAGGCAAUGUGUGGGUUUGUCCUAUAAAAAUCGACUAUGAAGUUGUGCUGUCCUGUCUCUCUCCAACUGUCUAUAAGGCUCAGAGAAACGUGCAUACAGUGAUGCUGAAUGAUCUUGCUCUUUGUAGAUGUAGAUGCACUUGAAUUGACAGGUAUCCGUGCACGGUGUCUCCAUUUAUCGCGUUGCUGUUGUGCUUUUUGCCUGGUACCCAGACACUGUUGCGAUAGUUGUUUUUACCUGUUGUUUUGCCUUGAAAGCCACUUCCUCUUCCACAGGCGAGUUUAGAAAACAAAUUAUGGUAAGCAGGUAAUCUGAACAUGUCCCUCAGAAAAUGUGGUCUCAAGAAAAUGUUAUAUAUAUAUAUUUUUAGUGCUAUUAUUUUUGUGCUGUUCUUUUUCCAGGACAGUUGGGUAAAUUGCCACUGUAUGAAACAAAAUAUAGAAUUUUGUCUUGCCCAAUCCCGGUUCUGUAUAUUUUUAUAUCCCUUUAAAGAGUUUUUUUAAUCACUGCAAACAUUGCGGAUCUUUAUUUACUUUGCCGAUUCUUAGUGUUUAUCCGAUAUAAAGCGUAGAUGUUGUAGGGUCGGGGUUGGCUAAGCAGCUUCUUCAUCCAUCAGUUGAGCCCUGCUGUAAUGUAAGUACCCAACUUAGACAUGCACUCUUUUUUUAAAUGCUUUUUAAACUGCUAAACAUGUAGACUCAUGUGAGAAAUUACACCCUUUCCCUCCUUUUUUUGUGGGUAAGUAUGAAAUGUUUUGAAAAGAGGCAAAAAAAAAAGUUAAGUUUGAUUCUUGUACCACACGUUUCUGAGAUUGACUGUAUGACGCCUAGAUUUGUACUCUUGAAAGUAUGAUUUCAGGAUGUUUAAUGAUGGAUUUUAUGACAUGAUGGGGAUUCAAUGGUAGAAACUGCGUUCUUUAACCUGUUUAUUGAAAAAGAAAUAUUAAGCAUUGUUAAGCACCACUUGUAGUAUAGAAAUUAGUCCAGAUCUUCAGCGUAGCAUGCCUAGGAUUCCUCUGAUUUCCUGUCCAACAUGUCCCAUUUAAGGCAUGUCGAAUGCUAGUUGUGGACGUCGUUGCUGACUACAGAGGCUGUUGAAUAAGUCGGAACAAUAUUUGACUGCAUUGUUCACUGAUGGCAAACAGUGCAAUAUAUCUGAUCUUUGCAGUGUCAUUCCAGACCUUGCACCUUAGGUUCUGCUGCAUUAAUACAGGUAAGCGAAACCUAAGGGAACAAGUGUAUUUUUGUCCUUUAAAAAAUGACUUGUAUUCAUGCAAAGAAAUGCUUACCUGUGGUGUUAAUAUGCCUCAAUGCAUUUAUGCUCAGUUAUAAAGAAUUGUGCCGACUAGUUUACACUUCAGCGGUCCUUUUUACUAUUUCCUUUGAUUCAUGAACUGCAUGAGUUGUAUCACUUGUUUGAUGGUUGCCUUCCAAAACAAAAAGUUGCGUAAAUGUUGUCAUGUGCUCAAUAUUUUUUUUUAAAAGGCCUUUCUGUCUGGUAAGUUUAAUACUUUAGGUUGACACUGGUUUAAUGAAAUGCAUGCCACGCUGUUGCCAGAAGUUAGCAAUGUGCUCAAAUGUUAGCUGGAAUAAUCGGUGAAAUGCAUUUUAUUUAUCUUUGACCAAUUAAUUUUUUUAUUCUGUCGUGGUGUAAAUCUGCCCUUCAGUGCAGUGCAAACCUUCUAUUGAAACGUUGCUGCCUUCACUUCUUGCUCACAGUGUUGGAGGAUGCUGCAGGCUUAGGUCGUAAAAUCAGGCCGUGUCGUAGUUUGUCUUCCCCCCCUACCCCAAAAGGAGGAAUCCUUUGAGUCUAUCCCGCUGCUGAACGUAGACCGUUCAAGAGCUCCAGUCAUAAGGUAAAGCAGCAAACGCAAUGAAAUUUAAAUUCUGACUGCAAAUUGCUCAGAUUAAUUCAUUUUAUCAGCCUGGUCGACUCAUUUUCAUUCAUGAUGCUAUAGUGUGUUUAGAGCUGUCUGAUGGUUUAAUGCCUUUAUUUACAAAUGUACCUUUUUAAAACUUUAGAAAGUUGGAUGAGAGCAGGAACUGAAACUUUGACCCAUACAGUGUGUAGACAGAAAGUUGGAGGUUAUCAGGUUGAAAAUCACUUUUCUCUGUAGUGAAAAAGGUUUCUGAUUGUUUUAGAAUGAGAUGCUCAGUGUUUCAACACAAUCCGAGGGGGUGUAGAGGACAAAACAAGGAGCAUGCCUUAGAGG